CCACGACAAAAACAAGAUCGAAACAUCAUUCUUUACGUGAAAUAACACUUUCUAUAGCCAAUAUAGACCUAAAUCAAUACUUUUCCUACUAAAUGACAAAUUUAGACGACGAUCAUCACUAUUGUUUUACUUCGUUAUUUGGUCACGCUUCGCGCUCGUGCUAGACCUCACGACUAAGUUUCUCAUCGAAGAUGUCUCGUUAUUUGUUGUCAAGACAAGUGACUAAUAAGUUUUUAAAUUUGAAGCCAUUAUGCUCUUUCUACUCAUCUAGUCCUAAGGGACAUGUUGUUGGCAUAGAUCUUGGAACAACAAAUUCAUGUGUUUCAGUAAUGGAGGGAAAGCAGCCUAAAGUUCUGGAAAAUUCGGAAGGUUGUCGCACUACUCCAUCGGUAGUGGCGUUUACGAGUGACGGAGAGAGGCUUGUGGGUGCACCUGCCAAAAGACAAGCUGUUACUAACUCAGCGAACACGUUUUCUGCAACGAAACGUCUUAUAGGGAGACGGUAUGACGACCCAGAAGUGCAAAAAGAUAUAAAAAACUCUGCAUUCAAGAUUAUUAAAGCCUCCAAUGGCGAUGCCUGGCUUGAAGCUCAUGGAAAGGCCUAUUCACCCAGCCAGAUAGGUGCAUUCGUGUUAAUCAAAAUGAAAGAAACUGCAGAAAGUUAUCUAGGAUCGAAAGUAAAAAAUGUAGUGAUCACUGUUCCCGCUUAUUUUAACGAUUCCCAACGACAGGCAACAAAAGAUGCUGGAAAAAUAGCGGGCAUGGAAGUCUUGCGUGUCAUAAAUGAACCUACUGCUGCGGCUUUAGCUUACGGUCUGGAUCGAACAGAUGAUAAAACGAUAGCGGUUUAUGAUCUUGGGGGUGGUACAUUCGACAUAUCAGUAUUAGAAAUUCAAAAGGGGGUGUUCGAAGUGAAAUCCACUAAUGGAGAUACAUUUUUAGGAGGUGAGGACUUUGACAAUGAAUUGCUACGCUUUUUGAUUAAGGAGUUCCAGCGAGAGCAUGGAAUCGACGUCACAAAAGAUCCAAUGGCUCUCCAGCGUGUCAAAGAGGCUGCCGAAAAAGCUAAAAUUGAGUUGUCAUCUUCCUUGCAAACCGAUAUUAAUCUACCCUAUUUAACAAUGGACAAAGCGGGCCCCAAACAUAUGCAUUUCAAAUUAACUAGAGCAAAAUUAGAACAUCUUGUGGAACCACUAAUCAAGCGUACAAUCGAACCAUGUAACAAAGCCUUGAAGGAUGCUGAGGUUAAACCUUCAGAUAUCGGUGAAAUUAUACUAGUAGGUGGUAUGACUAGAAUGCCGAAGGUUCAAGAAACAGUUGAGAAGGUAUUUGGAAAGACACCCAGUAAAAGUGUCAAUCCAGACGAGGCUGUAGCUAUGGGCGCGGCAAUCCAAGGUGGAGUCCUUGCUGGUGAUGUCACAGACGUGCUGCUGCUUGACGUCACUCCUUUGUCACUUGGUAUAGAAACUCUGGGUGGUGUUAUGACCAAGCUUAUAAAUAGAAACACAACUAUUCCCACAAAAAAAUCGCAAGUGUUUUCUACGGCUGCUGAUGGCCAGACACAGGUUGAAAUUAAAGUAUAUCAGGGUGAGCGUGAAAUGGCAAGUGACAAUAAAUUACUGGGACAGUUCUCCCUGGUGAGUUCUUAGUAACUUGUUAUUGUACCAUGUCCUACACAGCCACGUUUUUCGGAAAGUAUUACUUCGCUUAUUGUUUCUAAUAGGUGGGGAUACCUCCCGCUCCACGUGGUGUUCCUCAGAUUGAGGUCACAUUUGAUAUUGAUGCCAACGGAAUUGUCAAUGUAGCUGCACGUGACAAAGGGACUGGUAAAGAACAGCAGAUCGUCAUACGUUCCGGUGGAGGUUUAAGCAAGGAUGAGAUUGAGAAUAUGGUGCGCAAUGCUGAACAAUACGCAGAAGUAGACAAAAAGCGUAGAGACCUUGUGGAAUCAGUAAACCAAGCAGAAGGUAUAGUUCAUGAUACAGAGUCAAAGAUCAAUGAAUACAAAGAUCAGUUGCCUGCAGAUGAGAGGGAGAAACUCAGUGUACUUAUCGAGAAGUUAAGAAGUCGGUUGAAUAACAAGGAUAGCGAAACAGCUGAAAGUAUCAGAGAAGCUACUAACGAACUUCAGCAAGCGUCCCUCAAGUUAUUUGAAGUUGCCUAUAGAAAGAUGGCAGGUGAACAGGGAACAAAAACGGACUCUCAAAGUGACGAAUCAGUCAAACAAGAAAAGCAGUAAUCAACAGUUCGUUUUCGGGAUUUCUUCCUCACAAAUGUAUUUCCUUCAAUCCUUUACUUCUCAGAGUCGAGUGUACUUCAUCGGAAAUCAAUUAACAUUUGUUUUGAUGACUAACGAUUGUUUGAUUGUAUCCAUUCAAUUAUUAGCUCCUUUAGAACUCGUCACUUGCGAUAUUCUUAAAAUUGUGUACAUAUUUUAAAAUGCCAUCAAUAAAAUUUAUUACGGUUGAUCAUCUAUUCUAAAUAAUUGUAAUGAGUACCUUCUGAAUCAUUCUUUUGGAAUUUUGAGAUUGAUCCAAUCAAAUAAAAUAGAUUUCUCAAGUUCGCGAUUUAAAUUGUCCAAAUUGCGGCCAGUUUAGCAUUUCGACCAGAGUGCAGUUCCAAGCCCCCAUAUAUCCGUUACUUACAACUCGAAAAAAACUGCUUUAGCUUUUUAUCCCUUAUCACUAUUCUGCUUCCAAAAGUACGUAGAAGCAGUCAGUUCGUUAAUGCUUUCUUGGAUGUUUAUUCAUGUAAGUUCCACAUCCUCAUGACGUAUCGAUUUCCUCUUUAAAGGGAUAUUUCGGAACAGGAUGCUAUACAAUAUUUUUCCAAUCGUAGUGUCAUUAGGCUAAGGAUGACGAAAAUAAUAAUACUGCACUAUUUACUACCAACUUGCUGAGACGUUAAGUGUAGUAGUGGUAUUCACUUUGGGAUUUGCUGGUGAGAUUCACAUGACCGAAGUCUGGUAUCUCUCAGGGUAUGUAGCGUUCACCAGCUGCUUGCAAACAACUCUGUACCAAACUCCUUCCCUGUUGCGAAGGUUUGUUUCCCUCGAAUUUCCUGCAAUAUGUGUUCUUUGUUAUGCCUCUUAUUUUGAGAAUUUCAAGCUACAGCUUGCCCUCUGAAACUGUUCGAUGGUCUCAUUAAUAGUGUAUCCUGUCCACCUGAUUUCUUCAUAACUUGCAGCUGGAUUUUUCUCUGUGAGAGUUAGUUACUGCUUUUCGUCUCUGAUUAUUGGAUCCAGUGUAUCUUGUAUAAACAACCGUUUAUAACUAAGUAUACUUUUUUGUCAAUUGUGGUACUUCAAGCUUAAAUUCCAUCCACUUAAACUUUUAAUGUUAGCUUUGAGAAUCCCAUAAUUAGUCUUGGGUGGCAGUUGUUUUGAGUCCUAGAUAUUCUUCAACUGUAGGGAUUUUCUUGCGUUGUCAAGUCUUGACGUCUCCAUACAUGAAAGUUCUUCAACCAUCAGGGUAGAUUAUAAUUGGUUUCGUUUCACUGACGCUUUCGUAGCGGGGUUCGUUUUGGCGAGGUGCUGCUACUAACAAUGAUUCUGACUGUCCUUCCGUGCUUGGGGUCGCCACUAACCCUAGAGCUAGUCCAGGAUUUGCUAGGUUAAACUGCGCAACAGUUUGUUCCGUCCUACUCUAUGAGUGUGGACAUUAAGGAUAAAGUGUAUUCGUAGAUUACUGUUAUUUGAUCAUUGGUAUCCUUGAACGAUCGCUCUUGUAUUUUGGUACCCUCGAGUAGAGGGUGCUGUAUAUCCAACCCCGAUGUGCGACGGCUGCCUGGUGUAGGAGAAAGCUAGGAGCCCCCAAACCUAUGUAUAUCAGUAGUCCAUAAAGUUAUUGACAGUUGGUCUGAGUCAUGUUAAUAGAUAUCAAGUAUACGGAUGAAGUCCGCUCGGUUAUCGUAAUUAAUGUUUAGAGGCUGGUUGAAAGCUCGUAGUCGUUCUCAGUGACUCAGACGCACUCACGUUUUGUCUUGCUUCAGAACAUGCAGCACAAAAUCUCACCAUUUUCUAUACCGAGUCUUUCCAAUUCUGAUAGUGUUGUUACUUCUACUACUGGCAAGUAGCUAAUAGUCUGGUGGUUUUGUCCUAUAUCUUCAUUUCUACCCUUGGGUUAUUUUCAUACCAAUCUUUUUGUUUCAUAAACCCCAUGGGCUGCGAUCAUUGAAAGGUUUUGUUAGAAAUUGAAAGUAUUUGUCGGAUCAAGACUGUAUCACUCAGUUCAAUUGAAUAGGGUGUAAGUGUACCUUAUUGAUGGAGACGGGUCAAAUCUACCGUGCUAAUUUAUUCUGAAUAUCAAGGGUUAACUAAAUGAAAAUACUAGUAACUUUUCUGCGUAUAGUAAUUGAUGAUCAUUUAGUUCUGUACAGAUUACGAGUUUGUAGUCUGUCUGACAAAUCUUUCUGUCGAUUUUAUAUGGUAAAAGAUCAGCUGGUCAAAAUGCCAAAAGCGCUUACUAUUUUCGACCGUCGUAGUUUAUGAGAAGUGCAGAGGACUAUCUAACAAACAGACUACUUAAAUCGGCGAGGAGAGAACAAUCGUUUCAUUGCUUGACUUUAUUUCCUAUCAUAUAUGUCUACUAAACAUUCAUUCAAAUGACUACCGAAUUUCGUCAUCUUGAUAGCGAUUGGUUAAAAAUUUUUCCAUUUCUGGAUUUCGAUUUUUGGGAUUGAUUAUGUACCUAUUGGCUUAGCUAUUUAUUAUUUCGUCUCUUUUAUUGCCAGUUUACUUUGAUUUCAAAAAAACUAAUUCUGUACUUUUAUUCGUGACACCAUUUUUAAGUCUGAGCGGCUUGUUUGUUUGCUCAUAAUAUAUUUUAGUUUUCCGGACUCUGUAAACUUUUUGGUGAUCUGAAAAUUCGAAAUUGAAUCAGGUUAUUUGAUGCUCUGGAUUUUUCGACUUUCAUUCUGUCGAACAUUCCACUCGUCGGAAUCUAUAAACACAUCGUUUUCUUUCUACACAGUCCUUAAAAUAAGUAAUCUUAUGCUUACUAGGAAGUCAGUGCUACAGCGUAGGACCAGGCACAU